AUGUGUUCAUCUUCCUUUCUAGCGGAACCACCAAUUGUGCCUGUAACAAAAAAUCCAAUUCAGAGCCAGAGACCAUCCAGUUUUAAUGUAACUUUCACCAUUGAUAAUUUGCCAUUUAUGGAGCAGCUACACAAUGAAAAAUCAGAACUAUACAAGUCUGCAUCAAAUAUUAUUACUCAUAAGCUGAAUGAAUUAUAUCGUGGUAGCAAUAUAAAAGCAACAUUUUCAAAAUGUACUAUUGGAUCUUUAAGUGCGACAACCAGUCAGAAGACCAAAGUGUAUGCAAUGUGUUCUUUCAACAAUAAUUCUACUGCAGGGAAAGUCAAUAGAGUUAUUGCAUACCAUCAGUUCAGUUACAACACGAUGAACAUCACUACUUUGGAACCUUAUACUCUAGACCCGAACAGUCUCUAUGUCGAUGAUUAUCAUGAAUCAACACCUACAACCACACAAGCACCAAAUCAGAACCAAGAGUCUGGAUUUAAUGUGACCUUCACAAUUAUAAAUUUGCCAUACAUGGAAGAAUUGCAUGUCAAUACAUCACGCUUGUACAAAUCAGCAUCAACUAUCAUUACUUAUAAGCUCAAUUCCACUUUUAAAAACAGUGAUAUAAAAACUGCAUUUACAGACUGCAAAGUAAUUUCCCUCAGUGGGACAAGCAAGAAGAUGACCAAAGUGUAUGCAAUCUGUAGCUUCAACAAUAAUUCUGCUGCGGAGUCGGUUGAUAGAGUUACUGUAUACCAUCAGUUCAAUUACAACACAAAGAACAUCACUACAUUGAAACCUUAUUUUCUGGACAAGAACAGUCUCUACGUGAAUGAUUACCAUGAAUCUACACCUCCAAAUGAUUAUCAUGAAUCAACACCCUCAACCACGCAAAUGCCAACUCAGAAAUCAUUGCCACGUGGGUUUAAUGUGACCUUCACUGUCACCAGUUUGCCAUUUGUGGAAUCGUUUAAUGACAAAUCAUCACAGCUGUACCAAUCAGCAUCAGCUGUUCUUGUUAAUGAGCUCAACUUAAUGUACAACAGGAGUGAUAUAAGUGCUGAAUUUACAAACUGUAAAGUUAUCUCUUUGAGUGCGACAAUCAGUGAGCUGACCAAAGCUUACGCAAUUUGUUAUUUCAAUAAGAAGUCUGCUGCAGAACAAAUUGAUCGAGUUACUGUGUACCACCAGUUCAAUUACAGCACAGAAAAUAUCACUAAGCUGGGAAUUUAUUCAUUGGACAGAACCAGUCUCUAUGUAAAUGGCUAUCACGAAGCAAUACCUCCAACCAUGGAUACAUCAAAUCAGGACCAAUCUUCACCUGAAUUUAAUGUGACUUUCAUUAUAACCAAUUUGCCAUUCACGGAAGCACUACAUAACCACUUAUCACCAUUGUAUCAAUCAGCAUCUUCGAUUAUUACUUAUGAGCUCAACCUAAUGUACAGCAAGAGUAAUAUAAGUACUGAGUUUACAGACUGUAAAGUAAUCUCCUUAAGUGCCACAAACAAUCAGGAGACCAGAGUGUUUGCAAAUUGUUCCUUCAAUAAUAUAUCUGCUGGACAUGUCGAUAGAGUUACUGCAUAUCAUCAGUUUAAUUCCAACACAAAGAACAUCACUGAAUUGGGACCUUAUUCUUUGGAGAAAAACAGUCUCUAUGUAAAUGACUACCAGGAAACAACUGGUUCAAAUGCAGCAAAACUGAACCAAUCUCCAUCAGAAUUUAAUGUGACCUUCACUAUAACCAGUUUGCCAUUCGUGGAAUCUUUGCAUGACCACACAUCAUCACUGUACCAAUCAGCGUCAACUAUUAUUACUCAUGAGCUAAACACCUUAUACAAUGAAAGUGAAAUUAGCUCUGAGUUUAUUGACUGCAAAGUAAUCUCCUUAAGUGCCACAAGCAGUCAAUUUACCAAAGUGUAUGCAAUCUGUUCCUUUGCCAAUGAUUCUGCUGCAGAACAAAUUGAUAGAGUUAUUGCAUACCAGCAGUUCAAUUACAGCACAAUAAACAUCACUACUCUGGGACCUUAUUAUCUGGACAGUAACAGUCUCUUUGUAAAUGGCUAUCACGAGCCCACCACUCAAAUCAAUGAACCACCAGUCAUGCCUGUGACACAAAAUCCAAUUGAGGGCCAGAAACCUUUGUGCUUCAAUGUGUCUUUUGGCAUCACAAACUUACCACUCAAUCCAGCCCUAUUUGAUACCACUUCACCAUUGUAUCUGUCUGCAUCAAGUACUAUGAUUCAUCAGCUCAAUAACUUAUAUCGCAACAGCAAUAUAAAUGCAGCAUUUUUAGAAUGUACAAUCACCUCUUUAAGUGCUACAAAUGAGAUUUACGUGAAAGUACAAGCAGCUUGUGCUUUCAGAAAUGGUCCUCAGAAAGUUGAUGAAGUUAUUGUGAAGCAGGCAUUCCAAGAAAGAACAAACAAUACCUCAACUCUAACAACGUACACACUUGAAAGCAACAGUCUCCUGAUAACUGGUUGUGAGCAACUGAAAACUACUGUGGAACCUGCUACACCUGUAGAACGAGAGCUGCCAGUAAUGUCAGAAAAACAGGGAGAUCUCACCUUUGAAGUUAACUUCACAGUAAUAAACUAUAACUUUACAGAUGGACUCCAAAUUCCAAGUUCUGCUGAAUACAGACACAUGACAACAAAUCUUAUGCGAAACCUCUCAAAUUUAUUUGAAAACAGCAUGUUAAAGGACAGUUAUAAAUUUUGCCACAUUACUAGUUUAAGUCCAGGAUCAAUCAAAGUUUCCACUUCUUGCUACUUUGAUCCUUCAAAAUCAAACAGACCAAUCCUUGCAAAAGAACUGAGAUCAGAAUUUGAUGUUGGAACAAAUGGAUCAAGAUGGCUUGGCAGAUCAUUUCAACUUAGAAGUGAUAGUGUAUCUGUGGACCCCAUGGCUCCUGUCUUCUCUGAUCGAUUUGAAUUACCGUAUUGGGCCAUCAUAGUUAUAGUAUUUGCCAUUCUGCUUGCUCUGUUCCUCAUUACGAUUUUAGCUCUCUUGAUUGCCUUAUGUGUAAGGAACAGAUUUACUGGUUUCUACAACAUGUUACAAGAUCCUUUUGGAAUAUACUAUACACAUCUGGAAGGAAAAUAGUAGUUCUGCAGCAAUUCAACAUUACAAUGAUGACUAACAAGAAAUGAAUGGAAUAAUCUUUGUGGCUUACAGAGAAAAAAAAAUGAAUGUACUGCCAACCCAUCAUCUUGACUUUUGAGGACUGCUCACCAUUUCCUCAAAGAUUUUUAUUAUUCCUUGAUUGUAUUCUUGGUAAUCUAUCUGCUUGGUUUACUUGGAUAUGCAUGCAAUUUUUCUGUGAAGAGUAUUUCAGAAACAGACCUUAAAAAUCAGACAUUUCUCAGAGCAAAACAUAACUUUCAAUCUGUCUCCAAAGUUUCAAACAUAAAUGAUAUACCACUACAUCCUGAAAAUUAGCUUAGGAAUUCCAGUAUCUUCAGGCUUUGAAUUUACUCCGAUAUAUAUGGGACAAAUAUUAGCUACACAAGGAACAAUUAUACUUGGAAAACUAUUUAAAAUUAGCUUUAAAUUUCCACUUCAGUGGCUUCAUAGAUGUACUAAGAGCCACUACCCAUCCAAAAGUUAUCUUCUCCAUUUUUAUUUCUAUCCAUCACACAAUUCUUUUUUCUUUCAAAAUAUAUUUUAUACAUAAACAAUGUCUAAAUAGAAACAGAUAUAUAGUCAAAAAUACAGUUCAGUACUGUAUAGUGGCAUAUCAAAGAAAAGAACAAACAUGGGAGUUUGGCUCCAUCCAAACAAACUACAGCCAUCUCUUACUUGAACCUGACUAUGUUUACAUGCAUUUGAGGCACCAGGAGGGUCCAGUAACUGAAUAAACCCCUAUCUAACUUCAGCAAAACCUAUGACACAAUUCUCUCCAGCUUCUGACAACCUGCUUGUGAGCUGCCUCAAGUUUAGAGACAAAGGAAUCAUUAUACCUCACCUGGAUAACUUCCCAUUUUGGACAUGCUAGCUUUCUUUGCUAAUACUAAGGAGAUAGAGAGAGAGAGAGAGUGGGAGAGAGAAAGAUCAAAGAAUGCAAAUAUAUUAAGCUCUUUGAACAUUAGCUAUGAACACUGAAUGUCAUUAACACUUAUUGUACUUCUUAAAAUCUGUCCAGGCAUUUUCUUCUUACAAAUCAUUACUCUGUACUUUAACAUUGAAAACUGUUUGUGAUUUUGCUGUUAUCUAUUUAUAUGCAAUUAUCAGGGUGGUUAUUCAUACUGUCACUGCCAAUGACAGAAUUCAAAAGAAAUGUACCUCGGGAAACUGUGAGCACAAAGACCACACUGGCAGUGAUAGAUUAUGGCAUUAACUAUUAUAGAUGUAAAUUAAAUAUAAUAAGUUUUGAUAGUCUAGGAAUAAAAAGUAAAUUUUACAUAACUACUAUAUAUUUACAUAAACAUUAUUUUUAUAACAAUUAACUUAAGAUUCUGCCAUUAAUCAUUGUGAAUUA